AUGUCUGCCCAGCAUCAGGGAGAUUGUGGUUGGCUGCAUACUCAGCAGGCUUGUGACAUUUACUUGAACUAUUGGUAUAAUAUUGAUAUAGAUAUUGAUACCAAUGUGAAACUAAACGGUUACCAAAGUGAUGGCCUUAAUGAUGUUGCUACCAAGAACAAGAAACAACAACAGACUGAACAUAAUAAAGUAGUUGCCAUGGAAACUGCUGUCAUAGAAAUGGAAGAGGAGAUGGAGAAUACUUUGGAAGAUGUGUAUCAAAGCUGUGGUGAUCUUCCUUCAUGUUUGAAUUCUGGGCAAUGUAUGGAAAAUCCUGUGACCCACCUGUUAAGAUGUCAAUGUCCAUUGGGAACACUGGGAAAACAGUGUCAAAUAGAUUCUGUUAAUGUGAAGUAUCCUCAAUUUUGGGGGACUGGAUAUGUGGCAUUUCCAAAACUGUUAACAUCGUAUGAGACAUUCCGGAUAACAGUUGAAUUUAGACCAACUAAAUUGGAUGGAUUACUGUUAUUUAGCAGCGAACGUCCAACAGCAAAAGGAGAUUUCUUUUCUGUGGCUCUAAUCAGUGGUAAAGCACAGUUUAGAUUUAAUUGUGGUACUGGUCCAGCAAUAAUAACAAGUAACUACAAUAUAUCUCUAAAUGAAUGGCAUCAGUUAACAAUAUAUAGAUCUCAGAUAAAUGGUUGGGUACAAGUCAAUGAUGAACAACCUGUGCACGGAAGUUCUCAGGGUAUGUAUUCCAGAAUAACUUUACGUGAAUCGCUAUAUCUUGGUGGAUAUAAGAACCUUAGUGCCAUAUCUGAGUACACUAGUGUCAGCAGAGGAUUUGCCGGCUGUAUUAAGUCACUAAAAGUCAAUAGAUAUCUCUAUGAUAUGAGAAAAAGAAGAGAAAUAUUCAAUAAAUUUGGACAUGUUAUUGCUCACCAUGGCGAUAUACUGGAUGGAAUGGAUGUUGCAUUAGUAAAGGAAUCCCAAGCUGAGUGGAUAUUGACAAUCAUAGCAUUAGUAAAGGAAUCCCUAGCUGAGUGGAUAUUGACAAUCAUAGCAUUAGUAAAGGAAUCCCUAGCUGAAUGGGUAUUAACAAUCAUAGCAUUAGUAAAGGAAUCCCUAGCUGAGUGGAUAUUGACAAUCAUAGCAUUAGUAAAGGAAUCCCAAGCUGAGUGGAUAUUGACAACCAUAACAUUAGUGGAGGAAUCCCUAGCUGAGUGGAAGUUUACCCAUACUAGCAGGUUUCUUGAAUACUGUCUUGCACCUGACAUCUCUGACCAUUCUCUAAAAGACAGCUACAACCUUGGCAGUGGUGAAGGAAUUAUACUUAGUAAUGAGACUGUUAUUGAUGGUCAGUGGCAUAACGUGCACUUACAUAGAGAAGGAAAUAUAGGUACAAUGGUAGUAGAUGGCUAUACUGUAACAGGCACCUCUCCAGGCAAACUUAAACAACUGAAUACAAAUAACGGACUUUAUAUAGGUGGAAUGCAUGACAUUGUAGAGUUGUCUUUACAUCGCUAUACUACAGGUUUUAUUGGGUGCCUUAGGAGUGUUACCCUGGCAACAGAUUAUCACUUUGAUAUUAUAGCAGAUGCAGUUGAUGGGAGAAAUAUUAAUCUUUGUACUUGAUGAUUUCUAUGGUUACAGGUAUUGGAAUUUUUCAGAUAAAUCAUUUCCAUCAUGUCUGCCUGUAAACUAAAUUUCUUUUUUGAUAAUCAGUCAUCACAUACUGUAUUUUUAUGUACCUGUUACUUUUACUGUGGUUUUGUUUACAUUUGUUAUGCAGGGGCAAUAUACAAAUUGUUUUGUUUUAUUGUAGUUACCUUCACAACCUUUGGACGGUGUUGUAUGAACUGUUUCUUGUACAGAGGAACAAAGAGGAAAUUCUAAUGUUUUAAUAGUUUUAUUAGAUAAACUGCAAUGUUCUUAGUAAUAUUUUGUAGCUAAACAUUUUAGGUUUAAUUGAUUUUUAAUGAAUAUAUGAUUAUAUUACAACUUUGAUUUUUGAGAAAUGCUUUGGGUUUUUAUGUAGUUUCAAACAUUAUAUGAAGCAAACAGUGUUUGAUGUAUAACUAGUGUAGUACACCAGUGAGGGCGCUCUUAGUCAAAAUAAAAAUACAAAGUAUAUUUUAUAACCAAUAGGAAAGAAAUCUAUGAUAUAUAAUAUAGUAUAUUUGUUCAAAAGAAAAACUUUUUUGUAGCAGUAAUUAAAUAAACCCAAACUAGAUUGUUA